AUGACCGGGCGCAGCGACAUGGAGCCGCCUGCCGCUUUCUCGGGCUUCCCCGCCCUGCCCUCGGUCGCGCCGUCGGGGCCGCCGCCGUCGCCACUAGCCGGGGCCGAACCGGGGCCGGAGCCCGAGGAGGCGGCCGCGGGCCACGGGGAGCCGGAGUCCGCCCCCGCACCGGGCCCGGGACGGCGGCGGCGGCGGCCCCUGCAGCGCGGGAAGCCGCCCUACUCGUACAUCGCGCUCAUCGCCAUGGCGCUGGCGCACGCCCCUGGCCGCCGCCUCACGCUGGCCGCCAUCUACCGCUUCAUCACCGAGCGCUUCGCCUUCUACCGCGACAGCCCGCGCAAGUGGCAGAACAGCAUCCGCCACAACCUGACGCUCAACGACUGCUUCGUCAAGGUGCCGCGCGAGCCGGGCAACCCGGGCAAGGGCAACUACUGGACGCUCGACCCCGCGGCCGCCGACAUGUUCGACAACGGCAGCUUCCUGCGGCGCCGCAAGCGCUUCAAGCGAGCCGAGCUGCCCGCGCUGCCCGCCGCCGGCCCGCCGCCCUUCCCCUACGCGCCCUACGCGCCCGCGCCCGGCCCCGCGCUGCUCGCCCCGCCGCCACCCGCCGCCGCGCCCGGGCCCUCGCCGCCCGCGCGCCUCUUCAGCGUCGACAGCAUGGUGAGCCUGCCGCCCGAGCUGGCGGGGCUGGGCGCCUCCGAGCCGCCCUGCUGCCCCGCGCCCGACGCCGCCGCCGCCGCCUUCGCCCCCUGCCCGGCCGCAGCCUCCCCGCCGCUCUACUCGCCGGGCCCCGAGCGCCUGGGGCUGCCGGCGCCGCGCCCCGGCCCCGGCCCGCUCCCCGCCGAGCCCCUGCUGGCGCUGGCCGGGCCCGCCGCCGCGCUCGGCCCGCUCGGCCCCGGGGAGGCCUACCUGCGGCCGCCGGGCUACGCGCCCGGGCUCGAGCGCUACCUGUGAGCCGCUGCGGCCGCCCGCCCCGCGCGCCCCGUCUCUGCCGGUCUUUGCCAGUCUCGGAGCGCGCCUCGGGGAACCAGCGCACCUUUGACACCUGGCUGUCCCCAUGCGGGCACCCUCCAGCCUUCUCUCCCCCGGCCCCACCCCCUACCCCCCAACUGUGAGCCCUCCUCCGGGCGCUCCCCCCAGGGGCGCCGUAUCGGGUCCCAAAUCCCGGAGCUGGAUCGCCGCGGGCGAGCUUCCUCCCCAGUUUCUGGUGAGCCCGGAGCCUUCGGAAGCCAGACCUUCGUUCUCACGCCGCCUUCUCGACUGGCUCCAAACUUCUUCGGCCUUCCCUCGUGUUUUCACAACACACUAGAGGUCAGACUCCUGAGAUUCCUGACUCCCUUGCUGUCUUGCUCCGUUUCCUCGCAGACUUGCACCCACCCCUCCCUUCCCCGUCUGCACCUGUCUUAUUGGGAGAGAGCGCUCCUUCCAAACAGACACACCUGGCUGCGUUAUUCCAGUCCUGGAGGACAGUUCUUCCAGAUCUCCGAGAUGAGAAGGACCAGGGGGUUCCGGACUGAAAGGGGGGCUGGUGGGCUGCCCCAACAUCUGAAAAACGUAGGACUUA